AUGAUCAGCAUUUUGGUCGUUUGCUUAGAUUCUGAAUAUGAAUGUCAUUGUCCAUCAAUCGUCAUCAAAAUUUUGAGAAGCCUUUCAAUUAUACCAUUUACGAAUGAAGUGAAAAAGUCCAUUAUUCCAAUAAUAAAAGAGUUAUCUCCUAAAUGGAUUCGACUGUUAAUUUUGAGUUCAUUUAUGAUGGCUUUGGCCUUGAUACUCUCUUUGAUAUAUACUGCACUGUAUUUAUUUUACCAUUAAUUUACUUAGUAUGAUCACUUUAAGUUUAUUGAUGAACCUAUUCUAUGUUAUAUUGAUAGCACUUUUUCUAUCCAUUAGCUUAGGUAUUGCUAAGAAUAAUACACCAAUUCAAUAAAAUUUAUUACGACACUUUGA